AUGUCUAAUUUUCCAGGUGCGAAGUGGGACCCUAUUGAGGUCCUGAAGCUUGAGCCGGUGAGCUAUACCUGCGUUGGCUGGGCGCCCUCACAAGGCCGCAGAUGCCGUAAUCCCAUCGCACAAGCAAACAGAUGUGCGGCCAGCAAUCUUCUCGCGAUGAUGGCCUAUCAAUCUCCAUCCGCUUCGAAGCUGACGGACAUACUUGACGACCUGGCUCACCGCAUUCUGUGUAAACGGAACCACCAAUACCAAGCAGGGGAUAUGGUCAUGAAAUGGCAACAGAUGAUCACCAUGUACAAGCAAUCUAUGAGGGCAACUCCGCCACGGACUACCUCUCAGCAUGUCCCUACGUCGAGGCAGAACUAUCUACCUUCUCCUCCAGCUUCUCCUCAACAACAGCUUGUUCGUCAUUCGGGGGAGGUGUAUUAUACAGAGCGCGAGUCUCUUGAUAUUUUCGCUCCAGUACGGCAUCCCAGAUCUGGAUCUUAUAUCUCUACAACGCCUAGGGCGUCCCAUGGGACUGCGCGUCGACAAGCAACUAUACCGGACACAGGCAGACAUUCUACUACGACCGAACGUCAGCCCCAGAGCAGUCGCCGACAGCGACAUACCAGACUUUUGACGCCUCCUGAGAGCGAAGAUGACUCUGAGUCUGAAUACGACUCUGACUCUGACUCUGAUGAUGACGACGACGACGAUGACGACGACGGCUACGACUAUUCAGACAGCAUUCCUGAAUACAGUGAUGCGACGUCUCACGCCUCGCUGUCCACCCAGCGGUCGUCGAGGUCGUCAAACUCUCGUUCCACUCGUACAACUUCAUCACGGGAAACACCCCGAGGGCUCCUCAUUAAUGACCGGACUGCUUCAUCCCAAAGGACUGCCCCUGUUCCAGCCCGAACUUCUUCCAACACUACUACUAGUAGAGCAGCUCGAACCACGACUUCUCCUCCAUCUACUCCAUCUACUCCAACGCCAGUUUCCCGGCGCCCAGCCGUUCGGCGUACAAACAUUGAUACACCAACGUCCACCUCUGCCGCUUCAUCCACUACCCCAUCUACCCCUUCUCCUUCUAUUGUUACCCCUUCUCCUUCUAUUGUUACCCCUUCUCCUUCUAUUUCUACUCCUUCUUCUUCCGCUAUAUCCACACAGUCUGUCCGUUCUGCAUCUCCCGCUCAAUCAUCCACCAGUACACGAUCCUCUACAUCAAGAGCAUCGUCAAACAAUCAUACCAAUACCUCCACGGGGACAGCCACCUCACGCAGUCCUUCCAAUCCAACUACCACCCCUGCCAACCAACCUCCCACCACCAGUACUCCAACUCCUUCCCCAUCUGCCUCUACGCCCAACGCCGCCGCCACCUCGACGCCCACCGCCACCGCCAGCCCCGCAGACUCCCCUCCGACAGCCACCCGCAAACCAAUCACCGGCGACUGCGCCAUCUGCCACGAGCCUUUCGAAGACAAUGACAGUCUCGUCUGGUGCAAGUCCCAGUGCGGCCAAAACUUCCACGCGCCCUGCUGGAAUGAAUGGGCCGAUUGCAUUCGUGCGACUGCGCCUGCCAGGACGCUCAAAUGUGUUUAUUGUCGAGCACACUGGCGCGAAUAG